UCAGAAGCUUACAUUCUAAUGAAUCAAUCUUUCAUGAAGCAUUUAUUAAACACCUGUUAUAUACCAGGUGCUGCCUCAUCCAGGUCUUGUAUUCUAUUGACAUGGGUUUAGAGUACCCAUGAUCACUACUAUAUAAUGACAAUAAUAGUAAUAAUAAUAACUAUUAUAGCUUGCAUUUAUGUAGUUCUACAACUUUUAAAGAUAUUUUACAUGCAAUAUCAUAUUUGAUCUUAAUAACAACUUUGGGUGAUAGGGUAAGUUUAUCUUUUCUUUUACUCAGAUGUACUGACUGGUUUGCUGAAAUUUUACCUUUGUAGGUAUUUUCAAAAUUUCAUCAGUAAAACAAAUAUAGAAUGAAUAUAAAUUCACAUAUUUUCAUUUGGGUUAUGUUAUUGCAGUUUUGCUAAAAUGCAGUAUCAUGUUCAUUUAGAGCCCAGAUAGUUUUGGAAAUUUUUUUGUUUUUCUUUAAAGAAGCUAUUGUGUCUUAUAAGAGCCAUACAGAGAUUAGACUAAGGAUUUAAAACCUUUCAUUCCAAGGUCAUAGAAAUGGAAAUGAAAACAAUAAAUAUUUUGAUAGAAAUGAUAAUUCUGAACUUUGAGCUUCACAGAAUUGCUUUUGCCUAGUGCCAAGCCCAGAAUGUUGUUCAUUUAUGGACCUUUAGGCCCAUGUUAUCUCAUGGGAAAGGCAUUUGACUUUUACUGAUAGAUUGUAAAAGGGAUGUUGACAUCAGUGCUGAAGAGAUCAUCUGGUCUCUGCAGAGACAGCAUGGGUUCGGCAGAGGGCAGGCUUCAGGAUGUAGGCUAAUGAAUGAGUAAUGACUAAGGAAAGAUUAGCUGCCUGACUUGGCCUCUAGACAGCCAGAAGUUAGGGAGAGGUUAAACAGCAGGAGAGAGAAUCUGGGUGAGUUUCACAGGAGCCUAAGGGAAAAGAACAGAUUGAUAUAGGAACAAUUUGUUAUGGUUGUUUAUUCAUAUGAAAAUGAGAAGCCUAUGUAUCACAUAGACAACAGUAUUUAUAAGCAGCUGAAAUAUAGAAUGAGCAGAUAGAACCGGCAAUCAAGGCUUGUUAAUGUCAUUCAGUUUAAUAGGGAAGUGAAAGACGUUUGAAGAAAAAAACUGGAAGUGAGUUUUCCUUUCGGUAAAGUUGGGGGAGGGGAGUGUAGAAAAAAAAGAAAAGAAAGGGAAUCUUUAGAUUUAUUUGUUUUUCUUUUAAACCUAUCACCUGGCUUUUAGUUAUCAUCUGAAAUGUUUCUUUGUGGCAUGUUAAGAUCAAUAAGAAGAUACGGGAUUUUAGCACCUUUAAUCCCCUGCUACAGGAACCAAGGAAAAACUGUGUAGGAAAUCUAAUGGAUGAAGAUGAGAAGGACAGAGCAAAGAGAGCUUCACGAAACAAGUCUGAGAAAAAACGUCGUGACCAGUUCAAUGUUCUCAUCAAAGAACUUAGUUCCAUGCUUCCAGGGAACACUCGAAAACUGGAUAAAACUACAGUGCUUGAAAAAGUCAUUGGAUUUUUACAGAAACACAAUGUUUCAGCACAAACUGAACUCUGUGACAUUCAGCAAGACUGGAAGCCUUCAUUUCUCAGUAAUGAAGAAUUCACCCAGCUGAUGUUAGAGGCAUUAGAUGGCUUCAUUAUUGCAGUGACAACAGAUGGAAACAUUAUCUACGUAUCUGACAGUAUUACACCACUCCUUGGGCAUUUACCGUCAGAUGUCAUGGAUCAGAAUUUGUUAAAUUUCCUUCCAGAACAGGAACAUUCAGAAGUUUAUAAGAUGCUCUCUUCUCAUAUGCUUGUGACUGAAUCUUCCUCUCCAGAAUACUUAAAAUCUGACAACGAUUUAGAGUUUUAUUGUCAUCUUCUCAGAGGCAGUUUGAACCCAAAGGAAUUUCCAACAUAUGAAUACAUAAAAUUUGUAGGAAAUUUUCGGUCCUACAACAAUGUGCCUAGCCCCUCUUGUAACGGCUUUGACAAUACAGUGACAAGGGCUUACCGUUCACCACUAGGAAAGCAAAUCUGCUUCAUUGCAACUGUUCGUCUGGCCACACCUCAAUUUCUAAAGGAAAUGUGCAUAGUUGAAGAACCUUUAGAGGAAUUCACUUCAAGACAUAGCCUGGAAUGGAAAUUUUUAUUUCUGGAUCACAGAGCUCCACCAAUCAUAGGAUAUUUGCCUUUUGAAGUGCUGGGUACUUCUGGCUAUGAUUAUUAUCACAUAGAUGACCUAGAACUUCUAGCCCGGUGCCAUGAACACUUGAUGCAGUUUGGCAAAGGAAAGUCUUGUUGUUAUCGGUUUCUGACCAAAGGACAGCAGUGGAUAUGGCUCCAGACCCAUUACUACAUCACCUACCAUCAAUGGAAUUCCAAGCCAGAGUUCAUUGUCUGUACACACACUGUAGUCAGUUAUGCAGAUGUUCGAGUGGAAAGGAGGCAAGAACUAGCUCUGGAAGAUUCAGCAUCUGAGGUUGUCGACUCUUCAACACUAAAGGUACCAUGCCUCUUGGACAAGGGGGCAAGCUUGGAUCCUCAACAACACUUUGGUGCUCUUGAAGUGGGAGCCUCUGUCCUUAACACUAGCCAAUCACCAUCAGCAUCUUCAAGAAGUUCUCACAAAUCUUCCCAUACACCCAUGUCUGAGACUGCCUCCACUCCAACCAAACUGAUCACAGAAUCCAGUACCCCUUCCUUGUCAAGGACCUCCAGCCUACCACAGGAGUUACCCAUGCAAGGGCUCAGCCAGUCUGCUGCAAUGCCUGCUUCUCUGCCUUCUCAGUCACCCUGUGAUCUGCUUACACAGCAUCUGCUGCCUCAGGCUGUUUUGCAAAGCCCACCUACACCCAUGACACAGUUCUCAGCACAAUUCAGCAUGUUUCAAACCAUCAAAGACCAGCUAGAGCAGAGGACUCGGAUCCUGCAAGCCAACAUUCGGUGGCAACAAGAAGAACUACAUAAAAUCCAGGAGCAGCUCUGCAUGGUCCAGGACUCCAACCUCCAGAUGUUUUUACAGCAGUCAGCAGUAUCUCUAAGUUUUAGCAGCAUACAGCGUCCAGAGCCUCAGCAGCAACAGCAGCUACAGCAGAGAUCAGGAGUCGUUUCCCAGCCACAGCUUGUUCCUAGUUCUCAACUCCCAGGCCAAAUUGCAACUUCCCAAAUAGCGAACCAGCAGCUGCUACGGGAAUCUAGUGUGAUAGCAAGCCAGGGUCAAAAGCCAAUGAGAAGUACACAAGUCAUGCAGGGAAAUGGCCACUCCGUGAGCAGCUUAACCUCACAGUUCAGCAGCACAGCCUUACUUCCACAAGCGCUAAGCCUGGCCACACCUGGUUCUGUCACCCAGGAUACUGGACAGUGUCACCCCAGUCCAGACUUCAGCCAUGAUAGGCAACUCAGACUGCUGCUUAGCCAACCAAUCCAGCCAAUGAUGCCUGGGUCAUGUGAUGCAAGGAGGUCCUCAGACCCUGGUGGCACUGGUCGGCAAGUAAAAUAUCCUCAGAGUCCAUCUGGAUUUCCAAGUCUGGAAGUGCAAACCUCUAGCAGCAGUACCUCCACCCCUAUUCUGCUGAUGGGACAAGCUGUGUUGCACCCUGGCUUCUCUACCACCCAGCCAUCCCCUUUGCAGCCUCUACAGCCCCAGCAGCCACCACACUAUUUGCAGGUACAGACACCAACCUCUUUGCACAAUGAACAGCAAGACUCUCUGCUUCUACCAGCCUAUUCACAACAAGGGACCAUGGGAUAUCAUCCCACACCUCCCCAGCCCCCACCGCCACCGCCACCACCACCACCGCCACCGCCACCACCUCCACAUUCAUCCCGAAGGCCUAGCAGUCUAUCAGAGUCCUCAAGCCUCCAGCAGCCUCCACGAUAGAAUGCCAACAGAAUGUCAAUACACAAUCAGCUUUAACCAAUGGACAAAGAGGGACGGGGCAGGGGAGGAAAGGAUUUUGGAUCUAAACUUUUGGCAUUUGCACACUGCAGAAUACAUUUCAGAACUCCUAGAUCUCAGAGUGCAGGUUGCAAUAGAUAGAAAAUUAUCAAGAUCUGGUUGUCCUUGGUUCCCCCUGGCUCAGUGGAUCUCGAUGUACUCUACAGCCAUACAUGACCACUCAGACUGGAAAUGAACAGUAUUCUGUGUGAAUCCCAUCCUUAUUGGGUAAACACUUGGAGAAAGCACUUUUUGCUACAUCCUUGUGAGCACAUCCAUUUUACUCCAGCUGACUGUGGACUGUCUAUAUGAAAUAUUUGGCCUUUAUUCUUUCAAUCUUCUUUCCUUUGCAUUUGAGAAGCACUGGGUCAAAGAUCUGUUGAAGAGAGAAAGAACAAGAGAUUAUUUUUAUUAUUGUUAAUAUUUUUUUUGCACAACUGCACAGAAGAAAUAACUUAGGCACUUUCUGUAUAAAAUUAAAAAAAAUAAAAGUCUAUUUACUUCAUG